ACCGUGAAAUUACACUCCUACCGGGUAGGGUUUUUUCUCGUACGUACCUCUUGAACGACGAAGUAUAUUAUAUCCAUAAAAAAAGGAAAGUAAAACAGUGUCAUUAUCGGGGAACGUGAGUUUAACAUUGUUUUAUAAUGAGGAUGUAAAGGCUUCACCAAACAUGAGCAAGGGUUGCGUGAAUGGAAGAGACCAUGAGAGAAAUUACCUCCUUCAUCAAAUAUGUUCUCAUUAUGUGAACUCUUUGGGUCAGGAACCAGUUUACGCGUAAACAAUGAGAAGGAAGCACUUGGUGGCCAUUGUAGUGGUCAUUUUCCUGACAUGGAAUUUUCUUAUGUAUUACAUGUUGGUGUCAAAGAACCCUGGCAAGCUUGGUUCCAUUUCUGUGGAGGACCAGUUAAAGAUUCUUCAAGGUGACAUUCGUCAUCAGCUCUCGCACAAUUCGGAACUGCUACAACAUCUACGUAAGUUUCGAGAGCAAAAAUUAUCAGAGGAACUUGACCGAAAAAUUCACCAGACCACGACACCUGUCCCUUACGACGCAAACCGAUUCAUCCUGCCCAUUCUUCUCAUUGCCUGUGAUCGCACAACAGUCAGCCGCAGCCUGGAUCUACUCAUUAAGUACAGACCAAAUAAAAACAAAUUUCCCAUCAUCGUAAGCCAAGACUGUGGUCACAAACCUACUGCUGAUGUCAUUCAACGCUACGUGAUGGAGCAUGACAUUAAACACAUAAAGCAUCCAAACAUCAGUGACAUACACCUACCCUGGCCGCAGAAGAAGUUCCAGGGCUACUACAAGCUGAGUCGACACUAUCGAUGGGCUCUCAACCAAGUGUUCCAUACAUUUAACCACUCUGCUGUGGUCAUUGUUGAAGAUGAUCUUGAUAUAUCGCCCGAUUUUUAUGAGUAUUUUUCUGCAACAUUCCCAAUACUGCACCAGGACCCCAGUCUGUGGUGCGUUUCUGCUUGGAACGAUAAUGGCAAAUUGGACAUGGUGUCUGAUGAUGCAGAGUUAUUAUACCGAUCAGAUUUUUUCCCUGGCCUGGGAUGGAUGAUGGAGAAAUCCACCUGGUUAGAAAUUGGACCAAAAUGGCCUGACGCUUUUUGGGAUGACUGGAUGAGGCAUCCAGACCAGCGGAGGGGUAGGGCCUGUAUCCGGCCUGAAAUCUGUAGGACCAGCACGUUUGGCAAGAAGGGAGUCAGCAAAGGACUAUUUUAUGAAAAGCAUCUGAAGUUCAUUAAACUAAAUAGUAAAUUUGUGCCUUUUACACAGAAAGACCUUUCAUAUUUAUUAAAGGAUAAAUAUGAUACAUAUUUUACAAAGUUGGUAAAAGACACGCCAGAAGUGACAGUAGCGGAAGCCAUGUCAGGUCAUAGGUCGAACAUGAAGGCCUUAAAAAUCCUUUACUCCACAAAGGACGAAUAUAAAUCCACUGCCAAGAAACUGGGGAUCAUGGAUGAUUUCAAGGCCGGAGUUCCUCGGGUUGCAUACAAUGGAGUGGUCAGUUUCAUGUAUAGAGGUCAGAGAAUCUACCUCUCCCCUCCCCCAGGAUGGAAAGGUUACAACAUCAAAUGGUCAUGACCCCAGCCAGACAUAGCACCAUAUUCAAGUGUAAUUCAAGCUUCAUAUUAAGUUUUUGCUGGACAUAUUCAAGUCUAAUACAAGCUUCAUUUGAAGGUUAUGCUGGACAUAUUCAAGUCUAAUUCAAGCUUCAUUUUAAGGUUUUACAGGACAUAUUCAAGUCUAAUUCAAGCUUCAUUUGAAGUUUUUGCUGAACAUAUUCAAGUCUAAUUCAAGCUACAUUUUAAGUUUUUGCUGGAUGUAAGUGUCAAUCCACAUAGUGACUUUGGAUGAAGCUCUUGAUAAGUAUUGGUACCUGUAGAUUGGCUGGUGUGUUGAAGUUGCCCUGGAAUUCGAUUAAUAGGCAGAUUGAUAGUUGAAACGAGUAUUGUGCGUUUUAAAUGAUUUUCUUGUACACGUACCGGUAUUUUAAAAAAUGCAUAUUUUAUUGUGAUUGUGUCUUCAAUGUAUACAUUAUUAGUUUGACCAAAGCAUAGUAUUUUUUUGGUACAUAAAUUUGUUGAAUGAGCUUUGAAUUUGUAUGAUGAAAGUGUGAGUACCUGUAGUACAUGUCCUGAUAAUACUAAUAUUUAAAGUGAUUGCCAAUAUCAACACACCAGUUCUUGUAUGGUAAAUCAAAUCGCCGGAGUCCAAGGUCAAAUUUAUCUUCAGAGAACUAGAUGUGUGCUAGUGAGCAGGUAUGUUAUUUUGAACGGGUAAAAAAAAAAGACAGUAUAUAAUUUUACAUUUUGAUACAACUUAGAAAAGAUUUUUAUAUGCAUUGAUUUUGAGAGAGCAGAAUGUUUCUGUGUAUAUCCGGGAUUGUAGAACGGUAGAGAGUGACUUAGAUGUAGUAUUAUAUUGUUAUAGGAUAAGUAAGACUCAGUACAAUAUUAUCUGCUAUCACAAAAACAAAAUACUUUGAGUAUCAUUAUUUAACCUGUUUAGAAGGUUAUUUUUUUAUUGUAGUCAAUAUGUUCUAUUUAUAGAUGUCCUGUAGAAAAUUUAGACCUCAGCUAGGUGCCAUAUCUGGAACUUUGUGAUGAUAGACUAUCUCUCAGUCAAAAGUAGUUUACUCAAAAUUUUAAAGGAAAAGGGGGUGGGGGGUAGAUAAAUAGGGUUGGAUGGAGGCGGAGAUAUAUCCCACCCCCUCAUUCUCUCCCCCAAUAAUACCCCCAGAAUUCUUCUGAUGGGUACACUCUACCUGAACAUGGUCAGAUCCAAUGAUGUCCUAUUCUUGAUGAAAAAUUCACUGUAACUUUACAUUUUCUGACUUGCUUUGUAAUAUUCACACUCGCAGUAAUGAAGAGUUGAAAAAUCCAGCGAGUAUUUUCACACUUGUAGCAAACACAUGUAUCUAUUUUCAAAUUAUUGCGUUAUUUCUCUAUUGUUUUUGUCACAUUUUAUUUUUGACCAAAGAAAUCUGUUAGAUUGCUUCGGUACAUCAUGGGAGUUAUGAGAUUACUAUAAUGCAAGUAUAAUUCAUGUUCCACCAAUCCAAACUCUAUAAACACUACUAUGUUUGUGACUAAUCUUAAACAGAUAAAAACAAAAAACAUCAGGAAAUGAAAACAAUCCCUGCACUGAUGAAAUGUUGAUAUGGUUGUUACCAUUUACAAACAGCUGAUAAACACGUGAUUUUGAUGUCAUUGUUACCGUUUACAAACAGCUGAUAAACACAUGAUUUUGAUGUCAUUGUUACAUUUUACAAACACCUGAUAAACACGUGAUUUUGAUGACAUUACAAGUAGAGGAGAAUUUCAGAAGAACUAGAUAUUUUGAUGGAAUUUCCUGUUGGUUAGUUUAUUCCUUUAGUUAUGUGUGACAGAUCCAGUGUGACAGUGAUCGUAUUUUUGAACAGUAGGAUGUAAACACUCAUUUUUGCUACACUGUAUCUGUGGGCAGUCCUGCUCAAAUUCUAACCAGAUUUGAAAAAUUUUCCAUACUCAAGUUAUUUACGAUUUAUUUAUUUUUUUGAAAGAUAAAAAUUUGUUCUUUGGGCAUUGAUCUAGUGAUAUAAAUCAGGCCAAUGUUAGAGGCCAAUACAAAAUGUAUCAAGUUAAAAGAUGUUGCAUUUUUGCUGUAGUGUGAUAUUUUUUACCCUCAUAAGAUAGCUUUAAAUUAUGUACCUGAUAUUGAUGGAUUAAAAGUGGAAAUUUCAGCGGCGGAUCUAGAGGGGAGGGAGAGGGGGUUAUGGGUGUUACAACCCCCCCCCCAUUUUGUUGUACAUUUUUAAUAAAACUGGUCAGUUUUUGCCACUUUUGGGCUCUCCAGCUCCCUUUUUUUGUACAGAAAAGGUACAAACGUGGGUCGCACUUCUCUCCCUUUGAAAAUUUUCCUGGAUCUGUUAUUAUUAUGCAACAUUAAUAUUUAUUGACUAUUAUGCAAAAUACUGCCGAAAUUAUUGUACUUGAUAAAUGUAUGUAAAAGAAACACACUUUUUGUAUGUUUUAACAGUAAUAGGACUGUGACACACAAUUUUUUUUUCUGUUGCUUAAGCUAACAUGGCCAAAGCAAGAUGGAAAUAGUAAAUUGUAACCCAAGCGAUAUCAUUGCUGUGAUUAAUACAGGAAAACUAUCUACUUUUCACACGGCUAGUGUAUAGUUUGAUUCGAGACUCCUACUAGUGUGUAGUUAUACUAAGUACGCCAAAUUAUCAUCAACAGCAAGAAAACCACAAAGUGCUAGUACUAUGAUUUUGUUAUUUUUCGUGAGCAUCGAUUUUCGAGGUUUCACUGAAAAUGAAUAUAUAAAGAUAAAUUACAUGACUUUGCUAAAAAAAAAAAAAAAAAAAAAAUAAAAAUGUGUAAAACUUGUAUCACUUGCCCUAGAGCAAAAGCAACGAUUAAGAUUCAUCCAUGAUAUCUCAUGUUAACACUAAGCGUUAUGGGGCUAAUUUUCUGCUCUGCUCUGCGGAAAAUUCCCAAUUAAGUGACUAGCGUAUGAAACAUAUGAAAGCAUGAAUGAAUGAGACGGAAACUUUUAGAUUCAACGUCUCACAAAUACGACAUGAAAUCCAUUUGCAAUACUAGUAUAUAGUUAUAAGUAGAACCACAUAAUCUACAUGGAUUUUAAAAUUAAUUUUUAAAAGGCUUCGCAAAAUUCUCCAAAUCUAGAGUGCACUGCAUUCCUUCUGACAAUUUCUUUGUAAAAUAAUCAACUAUAAAAUAUCCCAAGAUGGGGUGGGGUGGGGUUCCAAAUUUACAACUUGAUGACGUCAAUUCAUUGCACAAUUUUGUGGCUUUUUUUUUUUUUUUUUGUUGGUGAGGGCUAUUAUGGAGACAUUUUUUUAUUUAAUAUCAAAUAGUAAAUGAAGAAGGGCAUGAAAUCAAUAUUCAACCAAAUUAUAUACCUGUUAUUAAUGUUUAUAACAAUGUUGGAGAUCUUGAGUUUCUGCAAAUGAGUGUGUCAUUUUAUGCUUUUUUACUAAUGUGCGUGUACCUCAGAUUAUAUUUAAAAGCUUUUUUUAUGUCAUAGAGGAACAUUUUGUAUUUGUUGCAAGUGCCUACCAAAUAUAUCUGUAACUUCUCACAGUGCCACCAGAGUGAGGUCAUUGUACAUGUAGCCAUUGAUAUGCAGGGGCGGAUCUAGAAAUUUCUGGAGGAAAAGGUUAGGGGUAUUGAAUUCCCAGAGGGUUUAGGGUGAAGCCCUGGUGGGGGCCCAUGAAGUGAAGUUCCCAAGAUGUAAACAAAAAUAAUAAUAAUAAUAAUAUUAACGUGUUUUUGGAUGUAUUUCUAUAGAAAAGAAAUGGGGGGGGGGGGGGGGGGGGUAUUGGGCGUGCUGGAUCCGUUACUGAUAAGCCAAAAUAUAUAUAAUUCAAGCGAUGUUCGUUCUUUCUCACCAUCUUUUUGCAAUGUUAAUUUUAAUUUCAUACAAGACCGAUUUACCGUAUCAUCGUGUGCCCUGAAUACGUCUGUCGUUUAAAACCAUGUCGCACUCCAUGUUCUGUUCUCUAUGAAAUAUCGGAAAUCAUUAUUUUCAAACGUGUCGUAUUUUCGGUGUCGGGUACAUUUUAUCAGAUGUCAUUUUGCGUUUAGUUGAUUUCGGAAAACGUAACGUUAUUUUGCGUUUUGUUGAUUUCAAAACUCGUACAUAUACUGCAAUAGGUCUAGAUUGAUAUACAGAAUCGUGUCAUAUACCAUAAAGGCAACUCGCCAAAGACGAGGAAGGUCAUUUCCAAUAUAAGUAUUUUAUUCUCACGGCUCUCGAUGUUUAUUAGAUAUGCGAGUCAUUUCAAAAUCCAUGAUAUUUUUUGUCCAUGUAAACGCCCUUUUGUAUUAGCAAUUAUUUUAAUACUUGAAGAAUUCCAUUUUUUGUUUUUUUUUCUGUCCAUUCUUUCUCAUUGUACUGAGAAUAUAUAUAUUUUAUGAAGGUUCAUGUUGCUAUGUUGGCAAAUCAAGUUAUAUUUAUGAUGUUGAUGUUACGUAUUUCUGAUUGUUUGAGAAGAAUGUGAGGGACCGUUGAUGCUAAGUAAAGAAUGUGUUCGUGAUAUUGCAUGGAUAUGCACCUAUAACUACAAAUGUCUCUUUUCCCCGAAAACGAAAUAAUUAUUCAUUGAAAAAACACCAAAAUUAUUUCACUUUGAAGAUUAAAAAUUCUUAAAAGGGUGUGUAGUUAUUUCUCAUUUAUUUAUCAAUUUGUCAGUGUGUUCAUCUGAAGGAAUGUUUCGAUAUUGACGGUGAAGAAGAUAUUCGUCUUCUGGAGUGUGUGAUAUCAUUGAUGAUAAAGUCGUCUGUGAUGAAAUAUGCAAUAUUAUACAAAAGAACUGGGAAAUCUACUAGAUAUACAUAUAUGAAUACUCACUCGCCCCAGC